AUGGUAUCCCCCCCGGCAUUUGGCCGGCGGUCUCCGCAGCCGGUUAGUCGCUUUGGACUGCCGGGUCAGCGCCUACGCACUCCCAAGAGGCAGACGGCCGUCGUCGGCAAUGGCUGUGGCCGGGAGAAGCCAUUCGCCGCUCAGGGCCGUGGUGGCGACUGCUUGCUGGACGGCGACGCUGAGCAAGCUCCACCAGCGGCGGCGCCAACCGCUUGCGGCGCUGGCGCGCACAGCCGGAGGCGCUCGGGGAGCACGGGUUUGCACCAAGAGGCGGAGGAGUACCUCGCAGUUGCGGUGCCAGCGGCCUCCCACCUCACAGGCCAGAACAAGAAGGCGCUGCGGUCCCGGGCCCAGGAGCUCGGGGUACCGGAGUUCCUUGCGCCGGCGCGCGGCAUUGAGGGCCGCGCCGUCCGUUCGGUGGGACUGGUGUGCAGGCAUGGCUUGCCGUGUGAGCGGGCUGACGAGGGUGGCGUCACAACACAAUGCUUCGCCAUGAGGGGUUGCCUGCUGUGGGAUGACGCGUCCCUCUGGGCCAACGGCCUCACGAGCAACCCGGACCCAAGCCCGUUCAACAAUGCCGGCGCGGCGGCCGAGCGCACCGCUGCAUGGGCAUGCCAGCGCAUGGUCCCCGAGGGAGUCGAGGGCAGCGCCACAGCCAGGGGCAAGGCUGCCGGCUCCGCACCUGUGGCGUGCCAAGGGCAAGGGCAGCCGGAGACGGCGGCGGUGCAGCGGCGGGUUGGAGAAAGGUGGGCCAGGGCGGGCAAGCCAAGCAGCCCAGCCGAGGCGCUGGGCGGCUGCUGCGCCUGCUCGGAAUGUGGCGCCAGACGAGGCCUCGCCAAGGAUGAGCUCGUCGACGCAUCGGGCCGCAAGGGCCGGGUCGCGUUGGGCGAUGACCGGCAAGGAAUCGGCCCACCCGGCGUAAUAGGCGGCGUCCGCGACCCGCGAAGCCGAGAAGAGGCCGAGGCCGCCGAGGCGAGCCGGCAGGAAAGCGAGGGCGGCCGAGUGGCGCGCGGUGGCCGGGUCGACGUUGAGCAGACAGCACAGCGUGCGCCAGAUGUACGCAUCGUGGUUGGUUGCGUGUUGUCCCCGACCACAACGUUCAACCGUGCGCAGGAGCCAACGCAUCACCAGCAAUUGCACCAAGUCCCGGUAAAGAGGUGUCGGCAGGCGGGGGUAUGGGGAGGGAGGGGUGGGAAUUUGGCUAAAAGUUUCUGCUUGACCUGGUGGGGGGAGGACCUAGUUCCUUUGGCUAUGACACCUCGGGUGGGUUUGCCCCUGCACUCGGGUACUUAUGGUCAAGCCACAGACGUUGCAGCAGCCCAACCUUUUGACCUGGAACCGCGAUUCGGUGGGACGCCCUGGCAACUCGCCGGAAAGGUGUUGGUCGACAUGAGAGCGAAGACUCCCAAUGGUACCCCACCCCGGACGGUUGCCUCCAGCAUGGCGACAGCACCCAACGACCGGACAGGUGUGAUGAUGCCCCCCAAAAUCUGCCCGCAGCAGUUCGUCCACGGACAUGUCCUCACCAAAGACUGCCCGACCCCAGACAAGAGGCGACAGCGGGUGCGGGGGAAGUGGUUGUUAACCCAGAAGACGAGAACCAAGAGAGCGACCGGGAAAUGGGAUGAGGAAGAGUUGAAAAUCGAGGAGGACGCCAGCAGACAAGUUCCUAGUAGCAAACCCAGCAGCAGAAGCCCUGCCGCCCCGCGACGCUGCAUGUUUUUGCCACCCCGCAACGUCAGCGCCCCGCAGCUGGCACCCCAGUCCUCCUGCCGCGUCCACGGCGACGAUGGUAUGGGCUUUUUGGUGGCUACCAGGGCUACAGAAGAGGCGAUCGGAUGGAGAUUUUGA